AUGGGGUCCUGGAGUAAAAUCCUGGGCUUCAUCCGGGGUGGACAAGAAUCUAAGCGGCCAAAGUUUUUGGAAAUAAGAUCCGCGAGAUGGUUUAUCAUUUUUACGGUCUCUUAUUCUGCGUGCACGGACAUCUUUAUGUAUGGACUGAUUGUCCCUGUCACGCCUACAGCCUUGGAGCACAGAGUUGGCCUUGCAGAGGAUAAAAUUCAAACAUGGACAUCAGUUUUGCUGGCCUUGUACUCCGCUGCCUUGCUUGCUUUUUCUCCUAUCAUCGGCUAUCUCGCUGAUCGAGCCGGAUCUCGACGAUGGCCGUUCCUCCUUGGUCUAGUUCUUCUAGCUGCUGCAACUGCAUUACUAUGUAUUGGAACCGACAUCGGUCUUUGGAUUGCUGGUCGCCUAUUUCAAGGCGCAGCAGCAGCAGUCGUUUGGACUGUCGGCAUCGCGCUGUUGGUCGACACUGUCGGCAAGGAAGGACUGGGCCAGGCUAUUGGAUAUGUGUCCAUGUCUUUAAGUAUCGGCACACUGGCUGGUCCCCUUCUUGGUGGUGUUCUCUAUCAGCAUGGUGGAUAUUAUUCUGUCUUUGGUCUUGCCUUUGGUUUGAUAGGCAUUGACAUUCUCCUACGGCUUGUGUUGAUUGAGCAGAAGCAUGCUGCGCGAUGGCUCACGCCAGAGAGAAGGCCAUUGUCACCAGAGCAGAAUGACGGCGAAAAGAUCACAACCCAGGCUGCGCCCAACUCUUCUGUGACUGAGAAUCGCCCGGCACCAGAGAUGUCAGAAAAGAAGUCAAACCGGACUCGAAGUCCUCUUGGACAAGCUGUCACUUUGUUGAGCUCUCCUCGUCUAAUCGUCUCACUUUGGGGGUACUUUAUCGUAUCUUUGGUGUUGACCUCAUUCGACAGUGUCCUUCCUCUUUUCGUGCAAGAAACAUUCGGUUGGGAGCAAACUGCCCAAGGACUCAUCUUCAUUCCGAUGAUGAUUGCUCAUCUUACUGACCCGAUCACCGGCUAUAUCAUCGAUCGAUACCCAAAGUCACCCCGCUACCUGGCCACUGGAGCGUUCAUCUGUGCUGUUCCGCCUGCUGUUCUCCUGCGGCUGGUGACUAACAACACAAUGCAUCACAAAAUCGUUCUUUGUGCCUUGUUAGCAUUGCUGGGCUUAUGUCUAGCUGUUGCAAUGCCGCCUCUUAUUACAGAAGUCUUCCAUGCCGUAAAGGAAAAGGAGGACUCGUCUCCCGAAACUUUUGGCCGUGGAGGAGCCAUGGCUCUCGCAUUUGGCUUGUCUAAUAUGGGGUUUGCGGCGGGCAGCUUGAUCGGACCGUUCUUCGCUGGCUUUAUUCGACAGGACGCUGGUUGGGGCACUAUGGGAUGGGCUAUGGCCCUCAUUACUGGUGUUUCUGCUCUCCCAGUCUUGCUAUUCAUUGGAGGUUGGAUUGGCAAGAAGUCAUCGCCGCGGUCUGAACCUGAUCAAUCGAUACCGGAGUAG